UGAUAAGCCUGUCAUGCAUUCUUCUCCAUAUUGUUUAUAUUUCUUCUCGCCAUUUGCUCUCGUCUUGGCCAAAGCAACCAUGUCCCCUCCACUGCAAGUGCCCCACAGAACCCCUCCUGUCCUGUCUAUGCAACAGUAGUCCACCUUCCUCUCCUCUGCUGCCCCUUGAGUGCUGCCAACACUCAACUCCUUUCCUCGGUGAAAAGGAGCCACCUUUGGGGAGAAGCGGAGAGGAAGGGGAACGAGGGCUCUAUUUUUGCGAGAAAAAUAUCAUCUUUCCCAUAUUUCAAGCGAUGGCUCCAACCUUCGACUCCGCUGCGUCUACUCUCUUCUGCGCCGAGGACAACAUCAGCGUCCUGGGUUUAGAUGAGGAGGGGGAGGGUGGGCAUGGGCUUGGUUGGGUUUCUGAAGUAGAAAGUUCCGAUUUUUAUGGGGAUUUCCUCGUGGACUUCCCCGUUCAGUCGGAUGAGUGCGUGGGUUUGUUGGUCGGGAGGGAGACCGAGCAUAUGCCGCGGGAGGACUAUGCCGUGAGGCUGCGGUCCGGGGCGUUAGACUUAGCCAUUAGGAGAGAUGCUACUGAUUGGAUUUGGAAGGUUCAUGCUCAGUACAGCUUUGGGCCACUGAGUGCAUAUUUAGCUGUAAAUUAUAUGGAUCGCUUCCUCUCUGCCUAUGAUCUUCCUCAAGGAAAGGCUUGGAUGUCACAACUAUUAUCUGUGGCAUGUUUAUCUUUGGCUGCGAAGAUGGAGGAAACUGAAGUCCCUCUAUCUCUCGACUUACAAGUAGGCGACGUGAAAUAUAUAUUUGAAGCCAGAACUAUCCAAAGAAUGGAGCAAUUGGUGCUUAGCACCCUGAAAUGGAGGAUGCAAGCGGUGACUCCAUUCUCUUUCAUAGAUUUCUUCCUUCAUAAGUUCAAUGGAGGCAAUGCCCCAAGCAAGUUAUUGGUGUCUCGUUCUGUGGAACUCAUCUUAGGCACAAUUAGAGGGAUUGAAUUCUUAGCAUUCAGACCAUCUGAACUUGCUGCUGCUGUUUCGCUGUCUGUUUUGAGGGAGACGCAAAAUGUGGAAGCUGAGAAGGCUUUAUCAUGCUGUGUCCAUGUUGUGAAGGAAGGAGUCUUCAGGUGUUAUGAGAUGAUCCAAGAGUUAAUGGCAGUGAGGGGUAGGUCACUUGAAAUUGCUAGUCCAUUGGCUUCCUAUGUACCACAAAGCCCCAAUGGGGUGUUGGAUGCUGCAUGCCUGAGCUAUAAGAGUGAUGAUACGUCUGCUGGGUCACAAGCAACAUGUCAUCAAGAUUCUCCAGCUAAUAAGAGGAGGAAAACAAGCAGCUUGCCAAUCCCAUGAAGAAGGCCUUGUAUGUACUUGCUUUCCAACUUGUAGUUUGGUUUGGUUAGUGGGGUAUAUGCUGUGGUCAGAAUUUUGACAAAAGCCAUAAAAAAAAAAGGAGUGAGAUUCAGGAAAAGGAUUAAAUAAAAUCUCAUGCCUUAAAAGUGGAUCAGGCAGAUGAACAUGGGGCUAAGAACACUUGUGUCAUGAUCAAGAUAGAUAUAAAAGUGCCUUUGUUGUUGUUGUUGUUGGUCUCUUCUUCUUUGUCACAAACUAGUAGAGAAGUCCUUUGGGGAUCAAAAAUGGUCACCCAAACAAAAAUAACAAGGAAGAUUAGAGUUGAAAGACAAAGAGGAAGUGGUUUUCCUUGGAAGUUUCUUUUCUAUUGACAGAGUCUAAAUGAUCACACUUUCUUAUUGUA